UUUGCGAAUCACACUGUAAUCACAGCGAGGAUACCUCGAAAAUGGUAAGGGUUACUAGUAACCCUGACAACGUGUGACAAAAUCUUACGUUGCAUGUUAUGUCUAUCCUAUACCUCGUCUGUGAUGAUAGUGAUACUAUUUUUGGUAUUAUCGAUAUUCGAGUAUUCGAGUAUUGUUUUUUUAGCGCGUUUAUGAGCAGUGGAAUUCGCGAACAUGGCACCGCAGUACGAAGUGGUAUUGUGUCGCGGAUUGUCAGAACAAAAUGAUUCGCAAGAGGCUUACGUAAAUUCAUUUAAAACCGCAGGUUAUACGUGCCAUGUUAUACCUACGUUAUGUUUCAAAUUUGUGAAUACGUCAGAGCUUCGAACAUGCCUUCAUUUGCCGGACUCGUAUUAUGGACUGAUAUUGACGAGUAAACGAGCAGUCGAGGCGAUCGAUCUUGUAUCCAGAGAAGAUGAUCAGAUCUUGGUACCUUGGAAAACACUGCCAGUAUACUGUGUAGGGCCAUCGACUGAAUCUUUUGCUAAAAGUCACCUAGGUUCUGAGAACUGCUUUGGCAGUGAGACAGGCAAUGCCAAAGAAUUAGCUGAAUUAUUAGUUGCAUCUGUUACGAAAGGGUCAAAGCCUCUCUUAUACCCUUGCAGUGAAAUUGGGAGGGAAACAAUAGAAAAAAGACUUGCUGAACACAGUAUACAAGUCAGUAAGAUAGUUGUGUAUAGAACUUUGCCAAGUGAUACAUUGGAACAUGAUUUAUCAAAGUUCAUGGAUAAUAUAUGCAGAAUAUUUGUCUUCUUUAGUCCCUCUAGUGUAGAGUUUGUAGUAACAUUGUUAAAAAGGAAAUGUUAUGAUAUGAUCAAUGUAAAAGCAGUUGCUAUCGGACCUGUGACUAAGCAAGCGUUGUUAAAUGCUGAUUUACAUGUUUUUGCCACUGCGGACAAACCUGAACCCUUUUCUUUAUUGGAAGCUAUUGUGAUUGCUGAGAGUGAUGAAGUUAGAAGAGAGACUGUGUGAAGAGAUUGCUGGAAUGAUGUGAGUGUGGUUUAUUGUUGUCAUACGCAAGAGUCUGAAUUUUGUUAAUUCAUGAAGACUAUAUUAAAUUCUGUAUACUAUAGAAAUUGGUUUAACACUUAGAUUAAAGUUAUACAUUGUAAGCUUGACUUAUUAUAUAGUCUUAAUGGAUUACAAUAUUUGUCAAUAUUCUUUUGUUAUUUAUAUUCAUGGUAUCUUUAGAUCACUUUUUAAUAGUUUAUUAAAAUAAGAAUUGUUACAAUCAACCAUUUUAAACAGUUGACAGUUGGAAAUUUUACUUUAAUUACAAUAAUAAAUACAGGUUUCUAAAUAAACAGAUUAAAAAAAUAGGCUCAACCUAUAUAUACAAUACAUUUCUAUGUGAAUAUGACAUAAAGUAUAACAUUGUAUUGUUAAAGAACAAUUGAGAUACAGUUUGAAACAUAUACUACUUAAACAUAAUAGGUUUUUAGACAUACAAUAGAAAAACACAGAUUCAGUGUUGUGCGUAUCAGUCUUUGCUACUAAUCUCCAUUGGGUAGUCUAUAACGUUUACAAAAUAUUUAUGUGUGAAUGAUUAUUAAAGAAUACUGAACUCUGAAAGCACUUAUAAUAUUCACAAAGAAUUCUCGCAAACAUUGUCGUCAUUUUGACUGCAAUGUUUAAGUAUAGUUAAAUUGAUAACUGAAAUAUUGCGAUACCUCUUUGUUAGAAUAACUACUUUUCUUCUGUACAACAUUUAUCAAUAGAAUUUCUAAUACAUAUAAGAAUUUAAUAUCUACUUCGGUUAACAACAUUACCGAGAAGGCACGAGAGAUCAGCACCAACAAUGGUGGACUGAUUAGCGUAAUAAGGCUGUGGGGGGUUUCCCCCGUUAUUAUAUUUCAUUUGAACCGCGGUUUCGUAAUCCGGCGCGGGUCUAUAGGAAGGAAGUAAGGCACGUAAGUUAUUGAUGUCCGUCGAUGAUACUGACACCACAGGCGGAUAUGGUGAUGUUGAUAGAUCAUUGUAGCUUGUCCAUCGCGUGUGUCCUUCAGCAUUCCGCGUAUCCAGAUUUACGGACACCGCAUGAUCACCUGAGUCAUUGGUAUCGCUAUCCUAAAAUACAGUGUAAUUUUUAUUAAGCCCCAAAUUUAGCGAACGAUUAUGCACAGGGUGAACAAUACUUACAAAAUACCCGUUAGUUGAUCUUUCUAAUGGCCGUGAUUCUUGAUGUUGCAUAUAAAAUGUGUGUUGCGCAAUGCACAAGCGCCACACAUAUUUUGCAUUGCGAGACUCGCUAAAUAUGAACUGCUUUGCUUCUUCACCCUCCGCUUGGCACUCUAUUCUGAAUGUUUUUUUGUGAUUUAUGACAUUACUUAUGUCUUUCCACCUAGAGUACAAUAAUUUAUUAGUAUAAUUUUCAUGUCAUUUCUAAUGAAGUCUAUGUGAUAUUACCUGUAGAAUUGUGUUGUUUGUGUACUUGGAUAAACAACCAUAAUUCCAUUGAUAGAAAUUCCUAAUAUUACUUCGUUAUUGCCACUGUCCUAUUAUUUAAUAAAUAAUUAUUUAGGAAUUCUUACAAUUUUAAAAAUACCUUUAUACAAGUAAAGUCGUACCUUAGUGGAGAAUGUUUCAUUACCAUAUCCUUCUAACUGCAUAACAAUAGAAAUAUAUAAUUCCUCUGAUGCAGCUUGAGUGACACCAAUUAAAUUCUUGUAUUGGCAUACAGCAGUAUGCAAUAAAGAAUCUAAGCCUCCAGGAUCAGACUGAAUAACAUCCUUA